CUGGGCUGUAACUUUUUUUGAAAUGAAAGUAUCCGCGCGUGUGACUUGAACAGUUGUGCUUGGCUUUCAUGCUUGUUGUUCCAAGGGAAAUAGUGCUCAGGAAAAAAAAGAAAGCAAGAAUGAAGCUGUGUGGAACAUUCCUAGAAAAUGAGUUCCGAGGCAAACUGCUGAGUCAAAGGUGGACCCGUGGAGAAAAGAUCAGCAGUUGCGAGACAGCCAAAGGCCUCCACAGCAGGCACAUCAAGAUGAGUUUAGAGAAUGACGAUAAGCGAGCACGUACACGAUCAAAGGCAAUCAGAGUGCCUACAGAACUCAUUGGCCAGGAGGUGAGCUGCCCUACUCCAGGAUGUAACGGAUCGGGACACAUCCGCGGGAAGUACGCAAGACACAGGAGUUUACAAAGUUGCCCCCUCGCAAAGAAGAGGAAACUUCAAGGUGCAGAAGCAGAACAUCUGGCCUCCAAGAGGAAAUCUCACCCGCUUAAGCUAGCCCUCGAUGAAGGCUACAGCAUUGACAGCGAUGGCAGCGAAGAGGCAGAAGCGAAAGAGGAGUCUGUGACGGACGACUCCGAGGGCACGCUGGAGGAGGAAGAGGCAGAAGCAAUAGACCAAGAGGAGGCCUGCAGCAGCUGUCCACCGGGAGAAGGCCAAAUAUCAGAAGGAACUCUUGCAGCCAAGGGGCAGGUGUCCAAAAGUGAAGGACAGGUCUCCAACACUGGGGAGGAUGUGCACUUGCUACAUGAAGGAGCAGCGGAGGAGGAAGAGGAGGAGGAAGAAGAAGAAGAGGAAGAGGAAGAGGAGGCAGUUGAGGAGGAAUGUGAAAAGGAGAUCAUCAUCCAAACGGAGGAUGCGGAAGAAGUCAUUGAGGUCACCAGUGAACGCAGUAGCGAUUUGUGCCUGGAACAUCGGGAUGAUGAGGUGAGCUAUGAGGAGUCUUGCAAAUUGCAAAAGGAGGAGGAAGAUGAGGAAGAGGAAGAGGAAGACAAUGAAGAGGAGGAGGAGGAAGAAGAUGAAGAGUAUGAGGAAGAGGAGGAAGAGGAGGAGGAGGAAGAAGAGGAGGAGGAGACAUCGACUGCAGUGAUCUGUGAAGAAGCUCCUCACACAUCUCAGGACUCCCCAAAAACCCACUGUGAAGGACAGAUAGUCGGCUCCAAGCCUGAGUAUUCUGUCAUUGUGGAGGUGAGAUCAGACGAUGACAAGGACGAUGAUUGCCACUCCCAGAAAUCCACUGUGACUGAUGAAUCUGAGAUGUAUGACAUGAUGACCCGGGGGAACCUGGGUCUCUUGGAACAGGCCAUUGCUCUGAAAGCUGAACAGGUUAAGGUUGUGAGAGAGCCUGGCCAGCAGCUGGCCGGGGAGCAUGUGAAACUUUUCCAGGUCGAGGACAAGCAAAACAAAGCCCUGGACUCCAUCAGAAAGAGCUACUACAGCAAAGAUCCUUCAAGACCCGAGAAGCGAGAAAUCAAAUGCCCAACCCCUGGCUGUGAUGGCACAGGGCAUGUCACGGGGCUGUACCCUCACCACCGCAGUUUGUCUGGCUGCCCGCACAAAGACAGGAUCCCUCCAGAGAUCUUGGCCAUGCACGAGAAUGUAUUAAAAUGCCCGACGCCAGGGUGCACCGGACAAGGCCACGUGAACAGCAACCGCAACACUCACCGAAGCUUAUCCGGGUGCCCCAUUGCCGCUGCUGAAAAACUAGCCAAAUCUCACGAGAAGCAGCAGCCCCCAACUGGCGACCCAUCAAAGAGCAGCUCAAAUUCUGAUCGGAUACUCAGGCCAAUGUGCUUUGUGAAGCAACUGGAGGUGCCUCAGUACGGGAGCUACAGGCCCAAUAUGGUUCCUGCCACGCCAAGGGCCAACUUGGCCAAGGAGCUGGAGAAGUACUCCAAGGUCACCUUCGAUUAUGCAAGUUUUGAUGCUCAGGUUUUUGGCAAACGCAUGCUUGCCCCAAAGAUUCAGACUAGCGAAACCUCACCUAAAGCCUUUAAAUGCUUCGACUAUUCCCACGAUGCGGAAGCUGCGCAUAUGGCUGCCACUGCCAUUUUGAAUCUCUCCACUCGCUGCUGGGAAAUGCCUGAGAACCUCAGCACCAAGCAGCAAGAUCUCCCCAGCAAGUCAAUGGACAUUGAAGUGGAUGAAAACGGGACUCUGGAUUUAAGCAUGAACAAGCACCGGAAACGGGACAGCGCCUUCCCCAGCAGCAGCAGCUGCAGCAGUAGCCCCAGCAUCAAAUCCCCAGAUAUAUCCCAACGCCAAAACAGCACCAGUGCCACAAGCAGCACCAUGACCUCACCCCAGUCCAGCCACACGUCCCGCCAAGAUGAAUGGGAUGGCCCCAUCGACUACACCAAGCCAAAUCGACAGCGGGAAGAGGAGCCAGAAGAGUCAGAGGCUGCCGUACGUUCCUUCGCCUCUUCUGAAGUAGAUGACCAAGAAGUACCCGAAGAAAACUUUGAAGAGAGGAAGUAUCCUGGGGAAAUCACCUUAACCAACUUCAAACUCAAAUUCCUUUCCAAGGAGAUCAAGAAAGAGCUACUUACUUGCCCUACCCCAGGCUGUGAUGGCAGCGGACACAUCACGGGGAAUUAUGCCUCUCACCGCAGCCUUUCUGGUUGCCCUCUUGCUGACAAGAGCCUCAGAAAUCUCAUGGCUGCCCACUCUGCUGACCUCAAGUGCCCAACGCCCGGCUGUGACGGCUCCGGCCACAUAACAGGAAAUUAUGCCUCACACAGGAGUCUGUCGGGCUGCCCUCGUGCCAAGAAAAGUGGGAUCAAGAUCACCCCAACCAAGGAUGACAAAGAGGAUCCAGAGCUGAUGAAGUGCCCUGUUCCCGGUUGUGUUGGGCUUGGACACAUCAGCGGCAAAUACGCCUCGCAUCGCAGUGCCUCGGGGUGCCCCCUCGCAGCCCGGAGGCAGAAAGAAGGGUCUCUCAAUGGUUCAUCCUUUUCAUGGAAGUCCCUCAAGAACGAGGGUCCCACUUGUCCAACCCCAGGUUGUGAUGGCUCAGGUCACGCAAAUGGAAGCUUCCUCACUCACAGAAGCCUGUCGGGGUGUCCAAGAGCUACUUUUGCUGGGAAAAAGGGGAAAAUCUCAGGGGAUGAAAUUCUCAACGCUAAAUUCAAGACCAGUGAUGUUCUAGAGAACGACGAAGAAAUUAAGCAGUUAAACAAAGAGAUUAGUGAGCUGAAUGAAUCCAACACUGAGAUGGAAGCAGCCAUGGUGAAGCUGCAGUCACAGAUCUCAAGCAUGGAGAAGAACCUCAAGAACAUUGAGGAGGAGAACAAGAUUAUAGAGGAGCAGAAUGAAGCCCUCUUCCUUGAGCUCUCAGGGCUGAGCCAGACUCUUAUCCAAAGUCUUGCCAAUAUCCGCCUUCCACACAUGGAGCCAAUCAGUGAGCAGAACUUUGAUGCGUACGUCAACACCCUUACUGACAUGUACACGAACCAGGAAUGCUACCAAAAUCCUGAGAAUAAGGAUCUGCUGGAAAGCAUCAAACAGGCCAUUAAAGGAAUUCAGGUCUAAUUACAGUGGGACAAAGAAGAAAAAUAGGGGGGGGGAUAAAAAAUUUAAAAAAGAAGACGUUAAAAGUAACUGGAAGGACCUUCACUCUGCAUAUUCAGGUUUACAAGUUAGGAAACUUGUUGAAUGAAUGAAUAAAAGGACCAAAACUUAACCAAGAGGCCAUUCACAAGAAGCAGAACUGAACUCAAAUGUUUUCGUUUACGCAGUGGCGUUCCUUUGGCAAACUGUGGGGCUUUGUUUCGUUUUUAUUUUUCACCACAUUACCGUGUGGUGGUGGGAGUCAAAGAUGGUGUUGGGAGCAGAUGGAGAUCAACGGUCUUCACAAGCUGCUAGACACCUCCACCAUCAAAGAAAGUUCCAUAAUAGAAUUAGUCCCAGGUUUAGAGCAUUCAAAGAACAGGGCUUCUGUCUGCGCCGCAACGAGCUCCACAACCCUGUAUCGCUUAUGGUCAUGUUCCCAAGAUAACACAUGAUUGAUGUGGCAUGUUGUAGUACAUGAGAUGCAGGAGCUGCAGGCAAGCCACCCAUCUGAAUCUGCUGGAUACGAGAACUCAAGUAUUCUAGAGUAGCAUUAUUUUUUAUUUUCUGAAAGAGCAGCUCUGGGUCUCCAGUAGAAAGCGCAAUGGAAAAAAAAAAUACAAAAGGUUCUCAGGGAAGCUUUUUUUGGAGUUUGCAACUACAGUAUUCCUUUGUCCGUAUUAAAAAAAAAAAAAGAUAAUAGCUAUUAAUGAACAGACCAAUAUUGGAACAUUUCGUAUGGAAGAAUUCUAAAUGUGUCAUGGUCCAGUGUACAUGAGUUUGGAAAGUCCUUUUGCUGACCGUUCUGGUUCUGUUUGUUGUCGUGGUCAUCGUUGCGUAGCUGCACAGCGCUGCAGACAUCCAUGCCGGAGACAUGUAUACGAAGCGAUUAGGAACAAAAGGAAGUCUACAAGGAGUAUUUACUCUUGGCUAUGGACUUUGGCUCAUAAUACAUGGCAAUGUUUCUUGGUUCUGAGCUUUGUUUUCUACAUUUUUUUUUAAAAAAAUAAGUUUAACAAAACAGAGUGAUCACCAUUCUACAGAAGGAACAGUUGGGUAUAGAUCUUCCAAAGAACCACUUUGUUUUGUUCUGUUAUUACCCCUUUGGUACACAUAGUCCGCUGUGCACUUAAAAGAACUACAGUGAAGUGAAUGUCUUUUGCAAAAACAAAUUUCUUCAGCACCUCAUUCGUCCACAUUAUGUAUUGCUGGAUUUGUUUGAGGAGGGAAGAGUGGCGGGGGAAGACGCCAACAUUGAUUCCGUGUGUGGAUUCUCAAAUUCUCCCCUAAGUCAAGGAAAUGAACUUUCUAAACUUCUCCAUUAGCUGUUGGCCAAAUGUAGGUCACUGGUGCCAUCUUAGUGCAGAGGGGUUAUGGCGGAGAACGAAAAAUCACAAACUCCCCAUAUUUGUCUGCCCUGUACUGGUUGACUAGGGGACAUUCCACAUCUUGCCACCAGGUCCAAUCCAAAAUGCAGGAAAAUAUAGCUCUGAAGGGUGAGGAAGCGUCUCUUAUCUCCCCCUUUUCUGCUCUUGCCUCUUUCUACAGGUCCUCAGUUUGUGAACUGUGGUCUUGGCAUAUCCAAAAGCCGGGAAAUGUGUUAGAUUAAAAAUUGAACACGAUAAAAGUAUUAACUAUUCUGCGAGAUGGCAUAUUCUGGUGCUGAAAUCUCCCUUCUCUCGGCAAUAAUUUAGUUUCCGCAACUAAACCCCCCGAUAACUUCUAAAUAUAUUUUCUAGCCAGCUUAAGAUGGCCUCGGUCAGGUCUUUCCCUGAAAACAAAAAGCAAAGAAGAAGAAGUCCGGGCUUCAUUGAAGUGAAUGACAAAGCUUGUUGAUUCUGUGAGAAGAAGGGCUGAUAUCGAAAUAGCCUCCAUGUGUACAGCUGAGUUACCUCCUCCUGCACACACACAUGUGUGUGUGCCAGUUUUUUUUUCUUGUGUUGCCCCUUCCAACACCCCAAAUUCUGCUCCCGAUGGUCCCCCAAUCUUCAAGAGUGGCUUUGGGAGGAAUGUGAGGGACUACAGUGGGAAGGUGGGAACGAUAAAUAUUCACCCGCCCGUGGAAUGCUACAUGCCUUUUAGAGCAUUUUCAUAGGUGAGCUUUUGAGCCUCUUCUCUUGAUAUAUGAAUACUUGGUCAUUGCUACAGCAGAAGCGAAAAUGUAGAAGAGGCACUUGUAGUGCAAAUGAUCAAUCUGGCCAGUGUAGGUUUUUAUAUGCCGGCUACAUGCCUGAUAGAAACAAGAACCACUUUAAAGUCUCGGUAUGAAAAUGCCUUAAAAGCCUAGUCCUGCAUAUACUUAGGCUAUAAACUAAAACCCUUUGAAGUCUAUGAGAGAACUCCAAUGGAGAAGGGGCGGAAUACAUAUUGGUGACUUUACUCAUAUGCUUAACUUACUCAUCUGAGUAAAUUCACUUGGGCGCUAGAGAGGAUCACAGCAUUGGGCCCUUUGACUUGGCUUAUUUAUACAACCCAUGGAAAGUGCAAAAAAAAA